AUGUCGUCGUCCACGAGGGAGAAGUCAUCUACGUCCAAGGCAGCCCGUGACGAAUCGAGCAAGUCGACUUCCAAGUCUGAGAAGAAGACGAAAUCCAGCGACAGCGACGAGAAGAAGAGCCGACGCCUCUCCGCCAAACGCACAUCCGACAAGGACUCCAAGGCGGAGAAGAGUGAGAGACACGCCGCAUCUUCAUCUUCCUCCUCCAAGUCGAGCGGCGGCGAUGACAAGAAGAAGAACCGACGCAGCACAGAUCCCGCCGCCGAGAAGGACAGCGGCGGCGAGGGCAAGGAGAGUAAGGGCGACAAGAAGUCGGGACUGAUGCGCCGCAAGAGCCUCCUGUCGUCGUCCAAGGGCACCAAGGACGUCGAUAAGAAGGACAAGCGGGACGCCAAGGACCGCGAGAAGGCCGAGAAGAGCGACAAGAAGGCCCGGGAGAAGGAGGACAAGAAGACCAAGAAGGACACCGGGGGCGGCACCCUCCGCAAGUCGGCCUCCCCCGCCGGCGCGACGUCCGCCAGCGCGGCCUUUUCUGCGUCUGCGACGGGGGGCUCGCCCUCGACAUCGCCCGUCGCCGCCAAAUCGGGGGAGAAGCGCACCGGGUCGGGGAUCAGCAAGGCCACGCCCAAGAGCCUGGGCAAGGCGACGCCGGCGUCGUCCAAGAUGGGCGGCGACUUCCUCCAGCGGCUCGAGGGCAUCGAGCGCACCAAGACCGCUGUGGACUUCACCAAAUCGCACGCCACCUCCCAGGUCAAGAAGGGCGCCAAGGCCGUCGAGGAGGCCGAGUGGGACGACGAAACCCAGGACAAGGUCCCCACGGCGAUCCGGCUGGCCACGAUCGAGUUGGGUCGGGACGAGCUCUCUGCCUUUGCCAACGCCGGAGAGAAGAUUGGUCUGGAGAUAUGGAGGAUCGAGAAAAUGCUGCCCGUGCGAGUGCCCAAGAAGAAGUACGGCAAGUUCUACGCUGGCGACAGCUACCUCUGCCUCAACACCUCCUACAAGGACGGGCGCUCGCGAACCCUGCAGUGGGAGCUGCACUACUGGAUCGGUAGGAAGGCGCCCAAGGAUUCUGCUUCGUCGGCUGCCAUUCGCUCGAUUCAGCUCAACGAAAAGAUCGGCGGUCAGGCCGUGCACUACCGCGAGGUCCAAGGCCACGAGUCGGAGAAGUUCCAGCAGUUGUUCAACUACAAGAUCAAGUACCUCCGCGGCGGUACGGAGUCGGCCCUCAACCACGUCACCGAAGAGGCCUACGAGACCCGGCUUCUGCACCUGCUCGGCAAGAAGGGAGUCGUCAGACAGGUGGAUGCGACGUGCGGUUCGCUGAACGAAGGCGAUGUAUUUGUGUUGGAUGCGGGAAAGAACAUCUUCGUGUGGGUGGGCAAGGAAGCCGGCCUGGUGAAGCAGAGCAAGGGCCUGGAGAUCGCCAACAUGAUCAACUCUGAGAACAAAGGAAUGGGCAUGGUGUCGUUGCUGCUGGGCGCGGAGCGAGAGAACAGCCCACUGUUCUGGGAGGUCAUGGGCGGCAAGGGCGAAAUCGCCCCGGCGGAAGAGGCCAUGACCGACAAGGAGGUCGCCGAGGAGAUGGCCGAGUCCGUCUUCCUUUACAAGGUGAUGGAGGUGGACGGCGACAUGCAGGCCAUCCCGAUCACCGAGACUCCAUUUGUACGAGAUAUGCUCGAGUCGACCUUCACCUACAUCCUCGACUGCGAAACGGAGAUAUUUAUUUGGGUCGGCAAGAAGUCCGACUGGGAGAGCAAGGCCAGCGGCAUCAUGCUUGCCGAUGACUUCCUCACCAUGUUCGAGCGACCUUCGUGGACUCCGAUGACGCGCAUGCUCGAGGGCACCGAGACCGUGCUGUUCAAGAGCAAGUUCGCCAACUGGGUCGACAUCCACCCCACCCGAGACUUCCGAGAGAUCGAGUUCCGCAAGCAGCAGGCCAACAUUGCGGCGACGCCAGCGGUGCAGCCCAAGAUCGACGUGGAUCUCAUGCACGCCCGCCCGGAGAAGGACGAGUUCAGCCCCGACAAGGAGUUCCCCGGCAUCGACGAAGACUCCGGCCUCGUUGAGAUCUGGGUGAUUGACGACAAGUCGCACGCGGCGGCCGUGGGCGAGGACAACUUUGGCGAGUUCUACAACGGGCGGAGCUACAUCGUGCUGUACUCGUUCACCAUCAAGGAGAGCAUCAGGUCGGUGGCCUACUUCCUGGGCGGCAGCAGGGCCGCGCCCAGCGACUACAUCGCCUACCAGACGGGCCUCUACGAGCAGCUCGAGGAGAAGAUGGAGUCCGAGGGCGGCAAGGCCCCCAUCCAGAUCCGCCACCAGCUCUUCGCCGAAUCCGACUACUUCCGCACCCUUUUCGAAGGUCUGAUGAUUGUACAUUGCGGGGCGGAUCCGGACGCGCCGCGGCCGGAGAAGAGCCUCUACGGCAUUUGGGGCACGUCGCCGCAGGAUGUGCGGGCAGUGCAGGUCGAGCACAUCGGGGCGGCCCAGCUGUCAUCCGCCGGCGUGUUCGUGCUCUUCACCGCCACCCACGCCUUCAAGUGGCUCGGCGCUGGCGCCACCGACGAGAGCAAGGCCAUGGCCGACCACCUCGUCCAGCACAUGGGCGAAGACAAGGAGGUCGUGGUGCUGGAGGAGGGCAGCGAGACGGACGAGUUCUGGCUCGAGCUGGGCGGCAAGGCCGAGUAUGCCAACUUUGCCGGGAGGCCCUACGGCUGGCCCCGCGUGUUCCAGGUCUCGGAGGCCACGGGCGUCGUGGCCGUGCACGAGGUGCUGUCCUACUCGCAGUCCGACCUCGACGAGCUCGACGUCUUCCUACUCGACGCCUACAACGAGGUGUUCAUCUGGACGGGCCGCGAUUCGUCUGAGAAGGAGAGGCGCAUGGCCCGUGAGAUCGCGCAGGAGUACAUCGACCGGGCCAAGAGCGUCGACGGGCGAGAGGCGGCGGAUCUCCCGCUGACGGUGGUCCUGUCGGGCGAGGAGCCGGUGACCUUCCGGGCGUGCUUCCACGAGUGGCGGCUCCACGAUAGUAGCCGCGACCUGGUCCAGGUCAUCGAGAAGCGCAUCCAGACCAAGAUUCAGGGCAUCGAGGAGGAGGCGGCCAAGCCCACCGAGCUCAUGUCCGACUUCUUCAACAAGCUCAACAAGAAGUACAACAUCGACCCCACCCAGGAGCACCUCGCCGACGAGCCCGCCGCCGCCCCUGCGCCGGUGCAGGUCUCCGCCUCGUCCGAGCAGCGACGCGUCGACGAAGUCGCCACCGCCGAAGCCACGGCUGCCGCACCUGCCGUCGCUGGCGACGCCGAGCCCUCGCAGCCGGAACACGACGAGGCCAGCGAGGCCGCAAGCGCCGACGUCGAAGAGUGUGGCGAGAAGGCUGCAGCUGCCGAUGAUGACGGACACGCGACCGAGACCGUCGACGCCUAA